AGGAGGGAAACAUAAAGAGGGCAGUGAGAGGAGGAGAGGGAGCAAGUGAGGCGCAGCACACAGAGAAGCUCAACUCACAUUCUGAUCAACGCUGCAGUCUGAAGCAACAGCUCAUCGCCUGCCAUGAGGAACCGUCCCUUCCCCCUCGUGAUCGUGUGCCUGCUUUCCAUCAGGGGUUUCUGUCCGCUGUCCUCUGCAGGCACAGGAGAGCCUCCCAGGGGUCCCGUCUUUCCCACAGACGACUACAGCAUAUAUGAGGACGUAUCCACUCCUGCUAUGACUACAAAUGCUAGAACAUUCCAACGGUGCGACUACCACCCCUGCAAAGAGAACCAGACCCCCUGCGACGUCCUCGCUGCCUCUUUCGGCUGCUUGUGCCCGGGUAUUUCUUUGCCCGACCAGCAUCCAGAAAGUCCCACCCUGAGCUCAGUGUCCUGGAACGGCUCGGCAGUUGUGGUUCGCUGGUGUGCGCCGCCUUCUUACGUCACAUCUUAUGUUGUGACGACGAAAGGUGGGGAGCAGCAGAUAGUGAAGGUUGACCAAAGGAGCACAACGCUGAACCAGCUCGACCACAAAGCGGAGGUUUGUGUGGCGGCUGUAAACGACGCGGGGGAAAGCGGUAGGUCCUGUAUGGAGUACACGCCGGCCAGCAACAGCCUGUCCCUGGCAGCAGGCCUCACCGGCGGGGCGUUGGGCCUCCUGCUGCUGAUUCUGCUGGUUGUUCUGCUGUGUAGGCGCAGGAGGCAAAAGAAGAAACGGGAGGCCACGCAUGUAUGAGGAACUCAGCUGAGAGUCAGCAACCAGACAAACAAACAAGAAAACACAGAGAGACUGCGCACUCAGAGACGAGACUCAUGAAACGUUCCGCUGUUGCUGACGCUAAUUAACUGUGAGAACAUCUGAGUGAUUGUCUCAAGAAAGCAGGAAACAGGGUUCAUCAACUCCUUAUCAUAUCUAGCUGGUUAUAUUUAUCUCCUCAUUAGUGGUGCAUUUUUUUAGGAACACUUGAUUUAUUCAGCUGAAUAAAAGACACAUGAAAAUAACAAUUAUGACCUGAAACAGGAAGGAAGUAUUUUGCUGCAGUGAUGCUGGGCCCAUUUAACCAGUAUUAUUGUCUUACAAUCUGUCAAAACAAGCCAGAAGGAUGAAUAUUGGUUAAACUCAGCGAGCUACAUUUCAUGUCAAUAGUAAAAACCAUGAGAUUUAUAUUUAUUCCUCAGGAUUGGAAAUUCUCUUCAACUAAAAAUAAUUAAAACAUCAAUUAGAACUAAGCUCUGGUAGAAUCAAGAAGAAAUAAUUAUCAAACUAAUUUAUAUUCGGUAGCGACCGAACCAAAACAACAUCCAACGAAGAUGAACGACUGAUAUAACAGCUGGUUCUCACUUGAGCCCAAAAAUGGGACUUUUACAGCCUAAUUCUCUAAAUCUGAGAGAGGAAGAACAAAAACAGAGCAGUCUUGAUUCCUUGGUUUCCAGCGUCAGAACUGAAACCAGAGCUUUACUGAAAAGAGGCUCUUGUAGGCAAAAGGUCAAAUGUGAUGUGUUUGUGUACACUGCUUUACUUUAUUUAACCAGGAAUGUGCCUUAUUGUUCAAUGAGAUACAGUAUCUCUUCUGACAAAUGGCAAAAAAAAUUUGAUAUAAAAGCACUGAAAAAGCACUGAAAAAAAAUAAACAUGAAUAAAUAUAUAUAAAAAAGAGAAAUUAAAACAGUGAUACUGUUUUGUUCAAGCUGCUUUUUUAAAAAUUGUUUAAAAUGUUAAGUGACGGUAAUAAAAAAAUUACACACAAAAAAAAAAAGAAUUAGGAAAACAAAAUGCAAAAAUGUUGAUCAUCUCUUCUCUGCCAGGUUGAGUCUCUGCUUUUGCAGCUGAAAUGCAGAAAAGUACUUUAUACAGAAUCCAGCAUUUUUCAACUGAAGAAAAUAAGUUACUCUGGAAUAACCAUUGUUGGGGGUUAAAAUAAGACUUUUAAAAUAAAAAUCCAGCUUUGGUUUAGUUUUCAUAGGAUUUUGAACUUUAUUAAUGCCAGUGUGGAAUGUAUUUGUAGCCUGCCAGUCUACAUAUUCACCUGUAAAAUAAUUCCGCCAACCAAAAUCAUUAACUUAAAAAAAGUUAUAAACACAAAAAUCCCCUCUGCUGACUCUUCUUGCAAUCAAAUUUGUUCAUAUCAAAACAUGUGGGGAAAAAAUGGUCAUCAAAGGUGAUUAUCAAGCCAGGAAAUGUAACCCUCCCCCAGUGAGACACGUCUUAUAUAGUAACUGGGUUUGCACUUUGCAAGUGUGUGGAAAGCAUAUAGUUAGUCUUUUGGACUGUAAGGAUCACCUCAUUAAUUUGCUCAAAACCUUUUUAAAAAGGUUAGAUAAAUAUUAAAGAGAGUUUACCAAUUAUUUUCAAGAUUGAGUCUCAUGAAUAAAUAAUUGUAUCAUCUGCAUAGAAGUGAAUGUCCCUGUAUUCUACUUACAUUGAGCUGCUGGAGUGAAAAAAAGGAAGGAAAUGGUCAUAGUUUGACCUUUAAUGGAAUAAAAUGCUCAAAUAGGCAGCCAACCAUUUAUGUUCUUAAUUACAUGACAAAGGUUUUGUCACUAAAAUUAUGUUUGAGGCCUGAAAUAAAUUCAGAUCAGAGAUGUAUUUAUAUAAAAUUUUAACUUAAAUGGUUUUGGGAAACAGGUUCUGAUGCUGUUUAAAAGAAACACUGUAAAAGUUUUAUUGCAUUCUUUAUAUAUUUAUUUUAACUGGGUGAAUAGAUAGUGGGAUUAGGGAAUAGAAAACAGGAACGAAUGCAUUUACUUUGGAUAUCAUUCUAUAUCCUGAUUUGAAUCUUUGCAAGUAUAAAGAAUUAGAUUCUUUCACCAGUUACUGUGGAUGUCUGUAAAUAUCUGUCCAUUAAACGGAAAUAAAGUGAAACUUUUUCUUA